AUGGCCCCAGAUGCGUUAGUGGCCACAAAACUGAACCUAAGUGACGGAGGGAAACAUGUGUCUUCAAUGCGCAGCGGCUGGUUUAUCGACGACCGAGGAGCAAAGGUUGAACAAUGUAUGCAGACCGAAGACGGUGUGCAGAAAGGCCUCCGAACAAUACUUAUGGAACGCAAUCUAUGGAAUCCAGGCAUGAGCGCAAAAGAAGCUCGAGAGACCCUCUCCAAACAGCCUGAUUUCGAAAGCCAAAAGGAAUGGCUAGAGGAAACUGUAGUGGAAAAUCAACCGGGUUUGGCAAUCAUAUUCUAUCCCAAGUUCCACU